AUGUCUGACCAUCGGACACUGGACUCGGGCGUUUGGCCCCUUGGACAUUGGGAUGUGGGCGGCCCGGCCCUGCGGACACUAGACCCGGGUGGUCUGGCCCCUCAGGCACUGGACUUGGACGGCCUGGCCCCGCGCGCCGCAGUCUCGCCACCCACCACCCGCGACCCCGACCUGCGCGUGCAGCUCCGGACCGGGCGCAGCGGAGGGGGUGGGGCGGGCGGUUGGCCCAGCCGCGCGCCCCACGCCAUUGGCACCGGCUUGUCAGGCCCCGGGCAGCGGGAGCCGCCGCAGGUGGGUGGGCCGGCGGGCCCCGAGGGCGCGGACGCAGCGCCGGGCGAGGCGGGGCAGAGUUUCACGACCACCGACCUGAGCCUUGUGGAGAUGACCGAGAUCGAGUACACGCAGCUGCAGCACAUCCUCUACUCGCACAUGGAGGCGGCGGCGGCCGACAGCGAGCUCGAGACGCGCCUCAACUCGGCCUUCCUGGCGGCGGCGGUGCCGGGCGGCGCGCCGCCCGUGUACCUGGUGCUGUGCCCGCCUGCGCUGGCCGAUGGUAGCUUCGCGGGCGCCAGCCAGUGCCUGGGUCACAUCGACUUCCAGGAGCUGCGCAUGAUGCUGCUGAGCGAGGCGGGCGCGCCCCCCGCUGCCGAGAAGACGCCGGGCGCCGACGGCCCGGGCGCCAGCGCACCCCGGCCCAAGGCGCCCGACGGCGCCGGCAAGGAGAACCUGGAGGGCGCGCCCGAGACGCGGGCCAAGUCGGCCGUGCGCGUCCGCCUGGAGGACCGCUUCAAUAGCAUCGCAGCCGAGCCCCCGCCAGCCCCGCGCGGCGUGGAUCCCCCCGAGCCCGGCAUGGCGCUCAGCAAUUUGGUACCUCUUAUUCGCCAUCCCUCCGAAUUAAUGUACGUUCCUCUUCAUCAGCAACAAAACAAAUGUACAACAUUAGUGAAAAAUAAAACUGCUGCUGCAACUACUGCCCUGCAAUUUAGACACCCUCUGCUUACUGCCAAUAGUUGCUCUACUAGUGGAAAUUCUCAUCUUUCACAAACACAGAGUUCUAGUAACUCAUGUUCUGUACUUGAAGCUACCGAGCAUCAGGAUAUUGGAUUGCCGAGGACAUUUUCUUUCUGUUAUCAGCAAGAAAUUGAAUCCACUAAACAGACUUUGGGUAGUAGAAACAAGGCUUUGCCUGAGCAGCUUUGGAUUAAAGUAGGAGAAGCGCUACGUAAACAAGAAAUACAUAAGAGGAGUCAGAGUAGGAUACGUCAGUUGGACACAAACAUAGAGCGAAGAGCCCUUGGAGAGCUCCAGAAUGUGGGUGACGGCUCCACAGCAGCGCAGGGUGCUUGGCAGUCAGUGGAGUCGUCCCAGACCACCCUCGGGGAGCAGACCCAGAGCUGGCCCCGGGGGGGCAGGUCCCAGCACAGGGAGAGGCACAACCACAUGGAAGGAGAUAGAAGGUGCAGAAUCCACAUUUGCUGUGAUGAGUUGAAUCUUUUAGUCCCAUUCUGCAACGCUGAGACCGAUAAGGCAACGACCCUGCAGUGGACCACGUUCCUGAAAUAUAUUCAGGAAAGACAUGGAGAUUCUCUUAAAAAGGUCGUAGAGGCACCUGGUGCGGCCAGAUGCAUCGACCCCGGGCCCUCGAGCGUGGCGCAACCCGCCUCUGUCUACUGCCGCAGCGACCGUAUCCUGAAACACGCUAAGGCUAGCAAGCACUUCCAGAGUGCAGGGAAAGGGCAGAAAGCAAAACCUAAAGAGAAACCCAAGACAAAGGCGGAAAAAAUCAUUCUUCGGAAAUGUAGCGUUCAGUUCCUGCCUAUCAGUGUUGCUUGGGCGUGUUCUCACACGGGGCCCCAGUGCACCGUGCUCUCCACCUUGCUUCACUGCCUCACUCCAUGGCCCCUCGGUUAUUCUGGCGGCCUAGCACCUCAUCAGGAUGCUAGGAUGACGGUUUCACGGUUGCCCACCCACCGUUCUUUCCCUGUGGGGAAAAGUUGUUACCAGUACGGUGUGACCACCGUUUGGUAUGGACGAGAGGGUGACCCGAGUGGUGAGGACGCACCCAAGGCCAUCAAGCCCACCAGGAAAGAGUUCAGGAAGACGCAGGUGUUGCAGAGGACCACCAUCGCGAAGCGCGAGGGAGCCGGGGAUGUGGAGGUGGAUGCCCUGGAGCCGCUGCCCAGGCAGCAGCAGAGCCUGUCGCGAAGGCAGCCGAAGCGGACUGAGUGGGUGGAGGAGUCCCUGACCACGGUACGGUGCCGGGGCCAGAGGGGUACCCCCGUGUCCCUAGAGGACUGGGCGGAGCCAGCGUCCUGUCCAGUGACAGAUGAGGGGAGCAUGGAAAGCACUUCGGAUGGGAAGAGCGGUCCUGGGUCUGGUUCCACGGGUGCUAAGGAACGAACGGACUCCUGGGCAAAGGCCAGAGGGUGUGGUGAUGAGGAUGACACCUCCGAUAGUGACAGUGACGGGUCAGCGGUAGAGGUGAGUGUGGAGCCGUCAUCGGCCGUUGGCAGAAACCUCAAGACAGAAGCGUUUGUCUUCUGA